UAUCAUCAGUCGAGUUUCGCAUUCGGAGUCUACUACCAGCAAAUAUCUACUAGCAAUAUCGUGAUAUACGUUUAGUGUGAUAUAGUGUCUUGUUCAUUUGUAUAAAUAUCUUGCCGCAAUCCCCCCUUCGAAAUGAGCAACAUGGCUGCGUCAGUUAGCAAUCUCGACCAGGAUAUGGCGGAGCUCCGGAAAGCCAAGUACGAUGAUAAAUCGGCAGCUGAGGCAAAGGCUUGGAUCUCUGGUAUAUUAGGUCGCGAUUUAGGAGACGGUGAUCUGAUGGAGACACUGAAGGAUGGUACAGUUCUGUGCGAACUUGUUAAUAUUGUCGAUCCAUCUGCCAAUCUCAAGUUCAAGCAAUCAAGAAUGCCAUUCGUGCAGAUGGAAAACAUCUCCAUGUUUCUCCGCGCCUCUGCAAACCUAGGUCUUCCACAAUACGAUCUCUUCCAGACCGUUGAUCUCUACGAAGGCAAAGAUCCCGCUCAAGUCCUGCAGACCCUGUUCUCGUUCUCACGGCACGCGAACAAGCGAAACCCGAGUAUACCGCAGCUGGGACCCAAGCUGGUCGAGAAGCGAGCGAGCCCGGGCAAGUUUGCGAGAGAAGGCGAGGGUAUUCCUGCUUGGAACACAAGGCAGUAUGGGUACAUGGGUGGUGCGAAUCAAAGCAGUGAGAAGAUUGUUUUUGCAAAGCGGCGAGAUGUCGUCUUCAAGCCCGAGUAACUGUUGUCUUUUUAGUCGUGUGAUUGCGUUCCUGUACAGUCUGUGUAUUAGGGAUUUUUUGUCGUUGUUUAUUUUAGGCGGUUAAGGAGUUUCUGUUUGGCAGUU